AUUUUAGGCCAGUCGUUUCUUUAAUGCCUAAGGGGUUGCACUCGUAAUGUUUAUAGCAAGCGGCUUAUUACUGCUUCAGUUUAUUUCAUACGCCUCGGGAGUUCCACCCUUAGUCAGAAUUGGCGCUAUAUUUUCAAACCAGCCUGGAAAGUAUAACUCAGAAAUGGCGUUUAGAUACGCCAUUCAUAAGCUUAAUAUGGACAAAAGUAUUUUGCCUGAGACUACCGUUGAUUACUAUAUUGAAUAUGUAAACCGAUUUGACUCUUUCGAGACAGUUCAAAAGGUUUGCAAACUUAUACGAGUUGGUGUUCAAGCUAUUUUUAGUCCAACUGACUCUGUUUUGGCGACUCAUAUAAAUUCAAUUUGUGAUGCCCUGGACAUUCCAAACAUAGGUCGGUCUGCCCAUGACUUUUCUAUUAACGUCUAUCCAUCGCAGGAAUAUGUAAAUUAUGCCUUCAAUGACGUUAUACAGUAUUUAAAUUGGACACGCUUUGGAAUCUUGCAUGAAAAAGAAAAUGGAAUUAUAAACUUGCAUCAGCUAUCCCGGUCAUUUAACGGAGAAGUUCAUAUGCGACAAGUUUCCCGAGGGUCCUAUUUAUACGCAUUGAAAGAAUUUAAAGGAAAGGAAAUACAUAAUAUUAUAAUUGAUACAAACUCGAACGAUAUUUCCAUUUUGUUAAAAAAUAUAUUACAACAGCAAAUGAAUGAAUACAAGUACCAUUAUUUGUUUACAAGCUUUGACUUGGAAACUUAUGAUUUGGAAGAUUUUAAAUAUAAUUUUGUAAACAUAACAUCAUUUCGAUUGGUUGACACUGGAGAUGUUGGGGUAAAGCAGAUUUUGAAGGAUAUCGCAUUCUAUAGUCACCAUAUGUUUAAAAACCCAUUUUUUAAUCUUCAUGUGAAAAAAUCAACUAUUCUUGAGUCAGAGCCAGCCCUAAUGUUCGAUUCGGUGUACGUGUUCGCGAUAGGAUUGCAGACAUUGGAGCAAUCGCACUCUUUAAGCUUUUCAAAUAUAAGCUGCGACGAGGAAAUUCCGUGGAAUGGGGGCCUUAGUCUUAUUAACUACUUAAAUGCGGUUGAAUGGAAAGGUUUGACAGGUCCGAUUCAGUUUAAAGAUGGCCACCGAGUUCAGUUCAAGUUGGACUUAAUUAAAUUAAAGCAACAUUCCAUUGUUAAAGUCGGGGAAUGGACCCCUCAUGGGCAUCUGAAUAUAACAGAACCAUCAAUGUUUUUCGAUGCUGGGUCCAUGAAUGUGACACUUGUAGUGAUAACAAUUCUGGAAACACCAUAUGUAAUGAUGCAUUAUGGCAAAAAUUUUACCGGCAACGAAAGAUUUUAUGGUUUUUGCGUAGAUAUAUUGGAAACCAUUUCUCGGGAAGUUGGGUUUGAUUAUAUACUGGAUCUGGUACCGGAUAGAAAGUAUGGGGCCAAGGACCCCGAAACUGGGAAUUGGAACGGAAUGGUUGCUCAGCUAAUGAAAUAUAAGGCAGACCUGGCCGUUGGAUCUAUGACUAUAACGUAUGCAAGAGAAAGCGUCAUUGAUUUCACUAAACCAUUCAUGAACUUAGGUAUAAGUAUUUUAUUUAAGGUCCCAACAUCAGAGCCAACGAGAUUGUUUUCUUUUAUGAAUCCAUUAGCGAUAGAGAUCUGGUUAUAUGUGCUAAUUGCUUAUUUUCUUGUGUCUAUUUCCAUAUAUAUUGUUGGAAAACUUUCGCCUAUUGAGUGGAAGUGCAUUCACCCCUGCGAUCUAGACAAUAUUUCUAUUGGCAACCAAUUCUCUCUAACUGACAGUUUUUGGUUUACCAUAGAAACUCUUUUGCAACAGUCAACUGAUAUUCAUCCACGGGCAAUGUCGACUCGAAUAAUAAGCAGUACUUGGGGAUUCUUUUCUCUUAUUAUUGUCGCAUCUUACACCGCAAAUCUAGCAGCUUUUUUAACAACGGAGCGUAUGAUUAACCCUAUUGAGAACGCAGAAGAUUUGGCUUCUCAAACUGAGAUAUCUUAUGGCACUCUAGAUAGCGGAUCUACAAUGACAUUUUUUAGGGACUCACUGAUAGAAACUUACAAAAAAAUUUGGAGAAGCAUGGAUAAUAAAAAACCAUCGGCAUUUACCACUACAUAUGAGGAUGGUAUUAGGCGAGUAAAUGAAGGUAAAUAUGCGUUUUUGAUGGAAUCCACAAUGCUCGAUUACAUCGUUCAGCGGGAUUGUAAUCUGACGCAAAUCGGAGGACUUUUAGAUACAAAAGGGUAUGGUAUCGCUACACCAAAAGGAUCGCCUUGGCGAGAUAAAAUUUCAUUGGCUAUACUUGAGCUUCAAGAAAGGGGUGAAAUUCAAAUGUUGUAUGAUAAAUGGUGGAAAAAUACUGAUGAAACAUGUACUCGCAAAAACACAAGCAAACAAUCAAAAGCAAAUUCACUUGGUCUGGAAAACAUAGAUCUCAGACCAAUGACAAAGUUUAAUGCAGAUAGCGAUUUUCGGAUUUGCAUAGAGAGGACUAAUAUGAUUAUAUGGACUCGAUUGUUGAUGCUGAUCAAGAAUAUGUCAAUUUGUUGAGUUAUUAAAGCACUCCAAUCUUAACACAUAAGCAUAUAUUUAAUAUGUGCAACACAGAAAUUAUCAUUAGGCAAUUUCUGAUAGAUUGUUUUCCCUUUGUGACAUUUAUAACCACAACCCCUACUUAAUCCCAAUUGAACUUGUUAACCAAAACAUUAAUAUCCUUCCGCCUAAACGUUAAUAAACUAAUACUAAUAAUAAAUUAAUUAUGCUUAUUAAAAAAAUCAAGCUACAGGGCAUUGAUUGUAGUGCUCAUACCAGUAAGUGUGCUUUAAAUGAAUAAAUAAAUAUGCUUAUUUAAUGCAAAUAUAAAAGUAUACUAACAAAAAUUAAAGUAGGGCUAGAUGUAAUUUGCAAUAAUAUAAGAAUAUAAAAGAAAAUAAUUAUAUUUAAGAUUUUUUUGUUAACUCAAGCACACAAGAAAAUUAAAAAUAUUUAAGUAGUUUAUUAAGUCAUUAAAAGUAGUAACGAAAAAUUAAUUUCUUAGCCAUUAAUCUUACCGCAGCUUUCUAUGUGCGGUCCAGCAAUACUUUUUAAUCUGCCAAACAAAGCACAAGAGAGUUGGUACUGUAGAAAACCCUGAUAUAGACUAUUGAAUCUUUUGUUGCUGAAUUCAGAUAUAGAGCUAUUCGAACGCCACGCAGUUUCAGUACAUGGAGACUUUAUAGCUCUCAAUAGAUCUUUUUCCAGUGAAAUACUUACUAUACAACAUAUAAUAAUAUUUUGGAAGUCCUAUUAAUUUAAUAAUUCUGAAAAAUGAUACCACGGUAGUCACAUUAUUAUUUAGGUCGGAAUAACGCACAUUAUUGUAAUUUUGUUAGUUUUUAUUAUUUUAUGCAAAGUAAGCCAUGAAUUAAAAUCUAAUAAAAAAUAAUAAUUUUGUUAAUGCCACUUUUAUCACAAAAAAAAAAAAUUAAAACAGCUAGGCAAUCAUAGCGCCUCUAUACUCGUAUAAUUAGCUUGAAAUGUUUUGUGUAGUAAAUAAUUAAUACACAUUGGUAUAUAAGGUAAUAUUUUUUAAACAACGUAAACACAAUAUUUUUUCUAUUAUAUAAUCUAAUGUUCUAGUUAAGAGAACCUAUAAAAUCCUUAUUAAAUGUAAUGUGUUCUUGUGUUUUUGUAUCUCACACGUGUUAAUUAUAUAUAUUUUUUAUAAAUUUAUAUUUCUAUAUAUAUAUCUCGAACUUUCCUAACUGGAAGUCUGUAUAAAUCGCAUAAAUUGGCAACAGAAGGUAAAACUGCACGUGAAAAUAGUACAACAUGAAAGUAAACGCGUCCAUUUAUUUUGCAGAUGUUGAUUGAAAAUAAGAAAGUUCGACCAUAUAUUAUAUUAUUAUUAUAAUAAAUUAUGUAUUGUUUAUAUGUACAUCUUAAACUACUUUGUAAAAAUAAAUGGUUUAUAUUAUAGUGUCCAGUUGCCGGGCUUGAUGUAAAA